AAAGAAAACUGGAAUUUAUUAAUAUAAAAAAUGUAAGCAUUAAACUUUACAGAAGAAGAAAAAGAAACAAUAAAAAAGGAAAUUUUAAUGCGAGAAGCAGAAUAAAUGAGACAAGCAAGACAAAAAUUAACACCAUAUGACUUUGAUCCUGUAAAAAUUAUAGGAAAAGGUGCUUUUGGAGAAGUUCGAUUAUGUAGAUGGAAAGAAAAUAAUAUGGUUGUAGCUGUUAAAAAAAUGAUUAAAAAAGAAAUGGUAAAUAAAAAUUAAGUAGGACAUGUAAGAGCAGAAAGAGAUGUAAUGGCUACAGCUGAUAAAACGUGGAUAGUUGAUUUGUAAUGUUCCUUUUAAGAUGAAAAAUUCCUUUAUUUAGUUAUGGAAUUCGUACCAGGAGGUGACUUAAUGUCUCUUUUAAUGAAAAAAGAUAUACUAACUGAAGAAGAAGCUAAAUUUUACACUGCCGAAACUUUAUUAGCAUUAGAUGCUGUUCAUAAAAUGAAUUAUAUACAUAGAGAUUUAAAACCUGAUAAUAUUUUAAUAGGUAAAGAUGGACAUAUUAAAUUAACAGAUUUCGGAUUAUGUAAACAUACUGAAAUGAGAUCUAAAAGACUUGACAUAGAGAAAAAAAAAGAAGAACCAGAAAAACCUUCUUUAUAAUUAUAAAUAGGUAAACGUUCUGGAUAUAGAAGAAAUAGAAUCUUAGCAUAUUCAACUGUUGGAACUCCUGAUUAUAUUGCUCCUGAAGUUUUUGGUAAAACUGGUUAUACAGAAACUGUCGAUUGGUGGAGUUUAGGUGUUAUCCUUUAUGAGAUGUUAGUCGGAUAUCCGCCUUUUUUUUCUGAUAAUCCCUCUAGUACUUGUUCUAAAAUACUUAAUUGGAGAUAAACUUUUUAAAUACCUCAAGAGGCUAAUUUAUCUCCUGCUGCUAUAGAUUUAUUAAGAAGACUUAUUGCUAAUCCUAAUGAAAGAUUAGGUGUUAAUGGUGUAGAGGAAAUAAAAGUACACCCAUUUUUUGCUAAAGUAGAUUGGAAAAAUAUAAAAAAAACGAAACCUCUUUUUAUUCCAGAAUUAAGUAGUGAUAUUGAUACUAAAUAUUGCGAAAAUUUCGAAAAUGAAGAGCCUUGGAUUAGUGAGGAGAACUAAAAUUAGAAAAAAUAAAAAUAAAGAAAAGAUGUAAAUUUUAUUGGAUAAUAAUAAUAAUGA